AACUCUAAACUACGCAAGAUCGAGCAAUAAAAACCCGUCGGCGCCGGCGUCCUUCCGAAACAGGAAUAGUUUAGCAUCAAGCGGGAACCCUAAAAGCGCCAAAAGCCAACCCUGCCAUACUAAUACAGUUUAAUGAUUCUAUAUUAGGACUAGCGCAUGGCUUUAAAACCGGGCGUCGGUCCUCAGGCGCAGCGGUGGCGGCCGGUGGACGGGCGUCGAGGCAGAUCCGCGGGCGCAGGGGCCUUUGGCGACCUUCCUUUGGAGGCAGAUGACGAGAGAAUUCUGGGAUGCUCGUCAAUCUGCCCUCCGGAGGAGUGGUCGUGCUUUUAUAAGAAGAGCCUGGUCCGCUGUUCAUUGUAGUCUUUAAUCUUACUCAUCUACUUCUACUUCUACUUAUACUUAUACUUAUACUUCUACUUCUGCAUCUACUUUGCAUCUACAUCUACAUGACUAUCCAAGACAUGAUCCCCUCCGACGCCGCGUCUCUAAAACGCGUGUCCACCGAGCACCCCCAACACAACUCCGCCGAGUCCCUCUCAGACUCCUUCAACGACGCAUCCCGCUCGCGGUCCGCCAGCACCCUGGUCGACGAGGCCGCGCUGCCAGACGAAAAAACCGCUGAUCUCGACUACCCCGAAGGCGGUCCUGUCGCGUGGUCCGUCGUCUUUGGAUCCUGGUGCGCCAUGUUUGCCAUCUUUGGCAUCUGGAACUCGGUCGGUCUCUUCCAAGCCUAUCUCGUCGAGCACGAUCUCGCUCAGUAUGACGAGUCCACAAUUUCUUGGAUCUUCUCUACCUAUUCUUUUGCUUUCUUUUUCUGCGGAGUCCAAGUCGGACCCGUUUUUGACAAAUAUGGCGCGAGACCACUCGUCAUCUGCGGAUCAUUAGGCACCGUCGUCGGAGUCAUGAUGUUCAGUCUCUGCCACCAAUACUACCAAUUCUUUCUCUCCUUCGCCGUCCUCUGCGGCAUCUCAGGCUCGAUGAUCUUCACUCCCAGCGUCGCUGUCGUCGGCCAGUACUUCCUUGCCCGCCGAGGACUCGCGACCGGAGUGGCUGCCACCGGCGGAUCCUUUGGCGGCAUCAUGUUCCCGCUCAUGCUGAGGUCGCUUAUUCCCCAGAUUGGAUUUGCGUGGGCUGUGCGCGUCGUUGGCUUCUUUGUGCUAUUCUUCCUUACCUUUUCCGUCAUCUGUCUAAAGUCUCGCAUUGUCGGUGGCUCGGGCGACAGCUCGACUAUCGACCUCAGCGCGUUCAAAGACAAGAAGUUUGCGUUCAUGGCGAUCGGCAACUUUUUGAUCGAAUGGGCGCUGCUCAUUCCCUCGACCUACUUCAUCACCUACGCGAUCUGGAAAGGCGUAGACGAGCACCUCGCGUACGCACUCACCGCGGUCAUGAACGCCGCCUCCGUGUUUGGCCGCUGGCUCCCGGGCUACGUCUCGGACAAGUACGGCAUGUUCAACAUGCUCAUCCUCACCGUCUUCUCCUGCGGCGUGCUCUCGCUCGGAAUCUGGCUGCCCAUCGCCGCCACCGAAGGCCGCAACUUUGGCGGCGCGAUCGCGUACUUGAUUCUCUUUGGUUUCACCUCCGGAAGUGGCAUCUCGCUCGCGCCCGUGUGUUUCUCAAAGAUCUGCGAUAUCAAGGAUUACGGAAAGCGGUACGGAACCGCGUACUCGCUCGCCAGCAUCGGCUCGCUCACGGGCGUGCCUAUCGCAGGCCAGAUCCUGAACAGGAUGAACGGAGACUACACCGGUCUCGUCAUCUUCUGCGGCGCGUCGUAUAUGGUCUCGACGGUGUUUUUGGUGCUGGCGCGGGGUUACAGCGUUGGCUGGAAGAUCAAGACUAAUUUUUAGAUCUGCAUUAGUUGCAUCUUAGGCGCAUGUGUCUUGUGCUGUAUAUUAUGUUGUUGCCCUUGCAUUCCUGGCAUUUUGCAUGUCAUUCAGUGUUGUUUAGUGUCGUUAUUGUCUUUUAGUUAUUGUCUUUCAGUGCAUUCGGACCGCAUGGUUGGGCUGGUAUAAAUAUACGUGUCUUCUACAACUAUUACUAUUAAACGCAUAGGAGAGUAAUGGCCGGAACUAAGCCGCACGGGCAUCGGAGCUUAGUCGGAAGAGAACCGAAGAGAAGGAAUUUACAGCGCAACGAGAAGUGCUGUUUCUUUGUAUAAAACAGAGAUAAACUGAGUUAAACUGAAUACAAAC